AUGUCGCCACUGGCCAUUGUCUAUGGAUUUGCCACUGCCAGGUUACGAGGCGUGGCUUGUGUGGAGGCGGGCGUGGAGUGCGACCUCUGCGGACCGACCUGUGUCCCACGCCCCUCGGGUUCCACCGCCACUCAGACUCCUGCGUCCCCCACCCCUGCGUCGCUCAGUCCCACUACACCCGCGACACCAGAGUGUGAGGAGAGCGCGCCCACCUCGACGCUUUGGGAGGCUGAUGAGGACGUUGCGGAUUCAGACCACGCCCCCUUCACGCCCCAGCACCGCCCACUCUACCAGAAGAUCGUAGUCCCCGAGGAAGAGGAGGAGGAGGAGGAGGUCGUGGCGGGGGUCGGCGAAGAAGACGACGACAUGGCGGUGUCGAGCGACCACGCGCUCUACGCCCCCAAGCCCACGUACGACCAGCUCGACCAGUAUAGAGCAUCAGCGCAGUACUCGUGA